AUACAGAUAUCUCUGUACAGAAAAAUUAAAAAGAGCUGGCCCCAUUAACAAAUUUAUUUAUGAUUGUUGAGUUCUUUUGAUAUUUUGGAUCUUUUUUGUCUUCUGUUUUGGGCAAGGAAGGUCAAUUGUUAAUCGAAAUAUAGCUGCUAAUUAGCUGUAAAAAGCAAAGAUUACAUUUUUUUUGGGUCAGAAAUUUUUUCUUAUUCCAUCAAUUAUCCGUUUACGUACCAUAACUCUCAAAGGUUUUGACCCCAAAACACUUCUUUCUUUUCGAAUUCCAUCGUCUCGCCUCACUCAGGGAUCCAGAAAGCAGGAAGAGGCCUAAAAAUCAAAUCUUGAUCCUCGACUGAGUUAAUAGAGAUAAGGAGAAAGCUUUUUGGUUGAUCUAUGGUGUCAUCUGGGUUUUUCCUAAUCUGUAUGCUCCAUUCUUUGGUGGCCUUGUCAUGUGGAGCCAUGAUGAUGUUCUAUAGGGAUGAGGUGUUUGUGUUUACCCAUGGUAAGGACCAUGCUAGUAAGAUAUUGGGCUCAACGCCUCAUGAUCAGCUCUUGAUUCGAACCUCUGAUUCGUUUUCGGGCUUGCUUUUGUUCGCUGUUGGGAUGUUGCUGUUCAUGGUGGCAUUUGUUAAGGAGAAGGAGUUCCAUGGCUUCUUUGCUAGAGGCUGUGUGGUUCUCCAUGUUGCUAUGGCCAUUUGGAGGAUUUACUUUGAGAGGAAGGUGGAGGAUCUCGGGCAUGACUGGCUGAGGCUGGUUUUUGGGGACAUUAUUCUAGGGCUUUCAUGGGUUUUCUUUCUUGUGUAUUCGUGGAGGGAGAAAUAUGAUUGAUGUUUGUUGUAGCCGUCGUUGUUCUUCAUCAUACUGCAUUUGGUGGGCAAAGAUGGAAUUGAAAUGUCUUUUACUGGUGUGGAUGUGGAAUUUGGUUUUGCAAGCUUGAUCUACAUGUUUGUGUCAGAAAGGGAGGAAGAGGAUAAAAUCUUUCUACGGAGAUGUGGUCCACCCCGUGUUUGUAAGUUAGGGGUUCGACUGGGAUUAGAUGUGCUUCAGAGAGAAAACUUCAAUAUUUACAAACUAAAUCUGAUGGACACUUGAAUCUGAUAAGACUGUGAAUAAUUUCUUCUCCUUUUUUUCUGUUUUUUUUUUCAUACAAUGCUUUCCUUCUUUGAUUGUUGAUCAUCAUUGUUGUAAAUUUCCUUGAAAAGGCAAUGAUUUGUGAGAUCUGAGUUCCA